ACAUUUAUUUAUUUUUGGCUGUGUUGGGUCUUUGUUGCCGUGCGCGGGCUUUCUCUAGUCGCGGUGAGCGGGGGCUACUCUUCGUUGCAGUGCGGAUUGUCAUGGCUUCUCUUGUUGCGGAGCACGGGUUCUAGGCACGCAGGCUUCAGUAGUUGUGGCACGUGGACUCAGUAGUUGUGGCUCGUGGGCUCUAGAGCUCAGGCUCAGCGGUUGUGGCCCACGGGCUUAAUGGCUCUGUGGCAUGUGGGAUCUUCCCGGGCCAGGGCUCGAACCAGCGUCCCUUGCAUUGGCAGGCGGAUUCUUAAUCACUGCGCCACCAGGGAAGUCGUCACAGACACAUUUUGAAAAGUGAAUUUAGUGAGUGCUACCCACGGGACACUUGUGAGGUGAGCUAGUGGAUACCAGAAGGUCUCAGGUCAAGAAAUGCCGUAUUGUAGAGACUGCGGGGGCCGGGAGGGUGUUGAGAAGACUCUGAACACUGUGUCCACCUUCCAGCAGAAGGAAGGGAGCCUGAGCUGUCAGGUGACCCAAGGGUGCAGGAUCUGGUCGGUCCUGUUCACCUCUCUGAUCUUCACCAACCACAGCAUCUGGUACGGAGCAGGCGUUGCAACAAGAUCUGUCAUUAAAUGAAUAAAGCGUCUCCCAAGCUCUGGAACAGAGGGAAGUUGGCCCUGGUGUGGCUCUGGGUUAGAAGGUGAGAUGGGCCCCUCUCUCUGCCUGUUCACACGGGUCCUUGGAGGGCACGCCCUUCAUCAUCACCUGGCCUGGCGGCUGGAUGGAGUGAGAGGCACAGAGGGAGAGAAGUGAGGGUGAGCUGGGUUUUUCUCGGCCGUCAGUUCCUGGAAACCCAGGUCGGGCCUCCACAGCCUGGUUGGUGCCCCAUCUGGCCUGAUUCAUUUCGAGCCAUACACUGAGAGGCCUGGCAUCACUGGGCCCAUCGCAGUCCCGCCCAAACUGGGCAUGCCUCUCAGCUAGUCCCCCAUCUCAGGCACGCUCCCUGCAGAGGACUUGGCCUGGGCACCUCGUCAGUCUGACCUGCAGGGGUUCAUCUGCCCCCCCACCCCCGGCCUCUGUAUCAGUCGGCUAUGGGAUGGGACAUCCUGUUCUGACUCAAAAAGGAACCCUCCUUCUUCUGCCUUCCUGACUCACUUCCUCCUUUUGCUGGCCGUCUUGCAGCACGGCAUGGGCGCUGGAGCCCAGCAGAUCCGGGCCUGCCCCUGACUGCGCCUCGGUAGCUGUCUGACCUGGGCAGGAGAGCUGGCCCUUCUGAGCCUCAGUUUCCCCAUCUGUAAGGUGACGCGGUCGCCCCUGCCUUGGUGGUUGGUGGUAAUGGAUGCACCGCACCUGCCCAGCACCUGGCACCCAGCAGCCCCUGCAGGUGCCAUGACUCAGCAACCGCAGGAGGGCUUCGCCAGGAGCAUGGGGGACGCCCAGGAGUGGAUGAAGGCUGUGCAGGAGCGGCUGCAGAUCAAUGACAACACCCAGGGGCCCCGCACAGCCCUGGAGGCCAGGCUGCGGGAGACCGAGAAAAUAUGCCAGCUAGAGCCAGAGGGCCGCGUGAAGGUGGACAUGGUGCUGCGGGCGGCCGAAGCCCUCCUGGCAUGCUGCCAUGAGGACCAGAAGCCCGAGAUCCUGGCCCGGCUGAGGGACGUCAAAGCGCAGUGGGAGGAGACGGUCACCUACAUGACCCACUGUCACAGCCGUAUUGAGUGGGUGUGGCUGCACUGGAGCGAGUACCUGCUGGCCCGGGAUGAGUUCUACCGCUGGUUCCAGAAGAUGACGGUGGUGCUCGAGCCCCCUGUGGAGCUGCAGCUGGGCCUGAAGGAGAAGCGCUGGCAGCUGAGCCACGCCCAGGUGCUGCUUCAGAACGUGGACAAUCAGGCCACGCUCCUGGACCGGCUGCUGGAGGAGGCGGCCUCCCUGUUCAACAGGAUCGGGGACCCCAGCGUGGACGAAGCCGCGCAGAAGAAGCUGAAAGCCAAGUACGACGCGGUGAAGACCAAAGCCCAGAACAGAGUGGACCUGCUGGAGCAGGUGACCCAGGAGCAUGAACAUUUCCAGCUGAGCGUGGAUGAGUUCCAGCUGUGGCUGAAGGCGGUGGUGGAGCGGGUGCACGGCUGCAUGGGGCGCAAGUGCCGGCUGAGCACCGAGGACCGUCUCUCCGCGCUGCAGGACAUCGCCAGCGACUUUCCCAGGGGCGAGGAGUCUUUGCGGAGGCUGGAGGAGCAGGCCGGGGGCGUCAUCCAGAGCAGCUCCCCUCUGGGUGCAGAGAAGAUCACCAGAGAACUGGAGGAGAUGCGGAAUGUUCUGGAGAAGCUGCGUGCACUCUGGGAGGGGGAGGAGGGGCGGCUGCGGGGCCUGCUCUGGUCCAGGGAAGCCUACGAGCAGCAGAAGAGGCAGCUGGAGGCCGAGCUGGCAGAGUUCAGGAAGGGCCUUCAGAGGCUGGCGGAGGAGGACCUGGAACCCGCGGCCAAAGCAGGGACCCAGGACGAGCUGGUGGCCCGCUGGAGACGCUACUCGGCCACGCGGGCGGCACUGGCCGCGGAGGAGCCUCGGGUGGACCGUCUGCAGGCCCGGCUGAAGGAGCUCAUCGUGUUCCCCGAGGACCCGCAGCCUCUCGCGGGCAGCGUGGUCUCUGCCAUCCAGGAGCACCAGAGCAUGAAAGCCAAGAGCAGCAGGCUACGUAAUGCCGCGGGCGUGGACCUGUGGCGGCAUUUCCAGCGGCCCCUGCAGGAGCUGCAGCUGUGGAGGGCUCUGGCCCAGAGGAUCGUGGACGUCACCGCCAGCCUGCCGGACCCGCCCUCCAUCCACACCUUCCUGCCGCAGAUUGAGGCGGCCCUGGCGGAAAGCUCCCGCCUGAAGGAGGAGCUGACGAUGCUGCAGCUGAAGAAAGACCUGCUGGGCGGCAUCUUUGGCCAGGAGAGAGCCACGGCCCUGCUGGAGCAGGUGGCAACUUCCGUGAGGGACAGAGACUUACUGCACAACCGGCUUCUGCAGAGAAAGAGCAAACUGCAGAGCUCACUCGCUCAACACAAAGAUUUCGGAGCUGCUUUUGAUCCCCUGCAGAGAAGGCUCUCAGACCUCCAAAUCAGGGUCCGUGCUGAGAAUGGGCUUCAGCGCGACCUUCCUGGGAAACAGGCCCAGCUUUCGAGGUUGCAGGGGCUACAGGAGGAGGGGCUGGACCUGGGGGUGCAGAUGGAGGCCAUGAGGCCUCUCGUCCAGGGGAACUCCCACCACCACCACAGAAUGGACCAGCUCUCCUCUGACCACCAGACCCUGCACAGGUCUCUGGAGGACCUUGUGGACACGUGCCGGCAGAGCGUGCGGGAACAUUGCACCUUCAGCCACGAGGUUUUGGAGCUGCGACAGUGGAUCUCCAUGCUCACGCAGAAGCUGGAGGCCCACCGCGUGGACACGGGCCCAUGGGAUGCCCAGUCCCGAGAGGUCGAUGUCGAGAAGCUGCUGGACGAAUUCCCCGCGAAGGAGGCCCAGCUGCCCCUGAUUGAAGCACGCGGCCGGCUGGUGAUGGAGAAGUCUUCUCCGGAGGGGGCUGCUGUGGUCCAGAAGGAGCUUCAGGAGUUGGUGGAGUCUUGGGGGGCCCUGAGGCUGCUGAGGGGAAGCCUGCUGAGCCUCAUCAGAAACCGGCAGCUGCAGAGGAUGGAAGUGGAUUCGGGGAAGAAACUGAUUUUCACCAACAACAUCCCAAAGACUGGGUUUCUCAUCACCCCCAUGGAUCUUAUUUUCCGACACCACCGUCAGACAAAUGUGCUUCAGGAGGAGAAAGACAGCUGUGAAGAUUUCUCCCAGCUCCUGAGGAGCUUUGAGCACUGGUUGCAGGUGGAUAAUUCCAAGUUGGUUAGAAUCAUCGCCAUGAGAACUGCCACCGCCAAGGACCUGAGGACCAGAGAAACAAAACUGCAGGAGCUGGAGGCUCGGGUACCAGAAGGUCAGCAUCUCUUUGAAAACCUCCUUCGUCUCAGGCCAGCGAGGGGGUCCUCAGAUAAGCUGGAGGAUCUGCGCUACCGGUGGAUGCUCUACAAGUCCAAACUAAAGGACUCCGGCCACCUGCGUACGCAGAAUUCUCCAGGGGAGCCGACUGGAUUCCAAAAGACCCAGCGGUGGCGAGGGCUCGGCUCCCUCUGCCGGAAGGUGUGCUGCGUGGCGCUCCCCCUGCAGCUGCUGCUGCUGCUCUGCCUGCUGCUGCUCUUCCUGCUUCCCGUCAGGGAGGCGGACCGCAGCUGCACGCUGGCCAACAACUUUGCCCGCUCCUUCACGCUCACUCUCCGCUACGACGGCCCCCCGCCCACCUAGCCCCCUGGCGGCGCUCCGGGGACUUUCUUCUCCAAACUUCCAUGUGCCCCAGCCUCCUCCAGAAGAUGCUGGGGAAACUGGAAACAGGGGCAGGCCAGAGCCUGCCGGGCUGCAUCCAUGUAAAUACUGUAUUGAUGUUCCCAGAGCAAAAGUACUUUUUAUACAGUGUUGUCUUCGUCUAUUUAUACUAAACAUGUUCUAUGUGGGACUAGGGAAUAAUGCAUAGCAUUUUUAUAUGCUCUCUAUGUAAAUGCUCAGUAUGUAUGAUUUCAUAUAUGACCUCUAUUUGUCUUUGGGAAAAUUCCCAGCAGUGUUUUUGUCCAGUGGGAUCUUGUGGCAUUUUGGCCUUGGUCUGCAGUCAGCCCUGGAAAGCAGGAACAAUAACAGGUCGCUUUUAUGACCACCUCCUAUCCAGAAGCCAAGCCCUACACCCAGAUGUUCAUGAAGAGGACUCUGAGCUGUCAGCAUAGAAGAGCAACCCUGGCCCUCAUUCAGAGCCCAGUGACUCUUAACUCUAGGUACAGUGAGAACAACCAUGCUUGUCUAUGUUUUAGAAUGACAGCAGAUUAGAUGCUGUGGAUUAGAAGCAGAAAGGGUGCCGAUCCCAGGCCGGCUCAAUGGCAGCAAUGAAAAGUGGCAAGUGAUAGAGUGAAAUUAAGGGAGGAAAAGAAGAACUCCGAAGAGCAGACCCAGAACUAAGAAAGCACAGCAGAGGGCUUCCCUGGUGGCGCGGUGGUUGGGAGUCCGCCUGCCGAUGCAGGGGACGCGGGUUCGUGCCCCGGUCCGGGAAGAUCCCACAUGCCGCAGAGCGUGAGCCAUAGCCGCUGAGCCUGCGUGUCCGGAGCCUGUGCUCCGCAACGGGAGAGGCCAUAGCACUGAGAGGCCCGCGUACCGCAAAAAAAAAAAAAAAAAGAAAGAAAAAGAAAGCACAGCAGAAUGGGGACCUCAAGGAGCCCGAACAGCCCAGACCAGUGAUGAAGGUUCAUGGUCAGGACAGUGCGUCUUCAGGGAAUGGUUAGAUCAUGCCACGUGUUCUCUGCUCUGUUCAGGGAGAAAAUGAAGGAGAGGAAGCUUAUUAAGCUUUCCACGCAGAAUGAUGAGCGCACUCUGUGUGUAGCACCCACCUGACAGUGCCAGGGAAGAUGUGUUACCUCCGUUGCUCUUAAGCUGGGUUUUUCAUCAUCUAUGACUCGGGCUGAAGGGACAGAGGGGAGCAUCUGCCACGCCAGGGUCCAGAGAUCAAGGGUCCAAGGUAGAGAGUGGAGGUCCGCCGUGGAGCUCAGCCUGUCUGAAGGGCUCUCCCUCCUCCUCCCAGAAGGGACUUUGGAGAGAGGUGGGUCCUGUGUCCCACACAUGUGCCCACAAGGGACCCAGGGGCCAGGCGCCCCACCAGGCCCCCUCUGCAGGGGCUUGGCAGUCGGGCCCAUGAACCACCUGGGGCCUGAGGCUGGAAAUACAUCCCUUCCUCCCCGAGGAAUUCUGGAAUGGUUCCUAAGCGCUUCAUAACUGGAUCAUAUUUUCCCUAAAUCAACACAAAAUUUUCCUUUUUAAAAAAUGCUUAGUUCCCACUCUUUACAAAUUGAUUUUGUCUGUUCAGCUAUGCAUAGGAGACCAAGAAGGGAUUCCUCAGGCCUUUGAAAUCACAGUGUUAUAGACCAAGAAAGACCUUUAAACAGAGGGGAAACCGAAGACCCGAGAGGGUCCAGACCCCCAGCACGUGCCGCUGCCCCCUGCUCUCUGGAGCACACGGACCCGUCCUUUCCAGCGCAGGCCCAGCCUCAGCACAGCUCUCAGCGCAGGGACCCCGGCGUCCCUGUAACUAGAAAGAGCUGGACAUCCACAGGGCGGGAAAACAGCGUCACCGAGAAGGGCUCUCAGCACUGACUCAGAAAGCACACUUUUCUCCAGAUAUUUAGAAACCAAGCCACAAAGCCAUUCUCCACAGGCGAUCGCUUUACUGGAAAAUCAGGGGCUGUGUGAACCAAGACCUCAGGCCCAGGCAGCUGAGCCCAGAUGCCCACUGGGUUGCAUUGGUCCAGCCCAAGAAGGUCAGCGCUGUGGCCAGGGCCUUUGAACAUCUCCUCUCCCACUCUCCCACUUCACAGCGAGCAGGCAGCGGCCCAGAGAGGGGAAGCAACUUACCCACAGCCACACAGCAAGAGGUGGCCAAGGCCAGAGCUGAGCCUGGUCACCGCUACCCCCAGGCGGCGCCCUGCUCGCGGUCGCCCCAUCCCCCCCACCCCAUCCGUAACUUCAGAAAGAAAAAGCUCGAAGGAUGUGAACACCAUUGUGUCCUGCAUGUGGGCUCGGGGGAGAAGUGUAAUGUGUGGGCUGCUGGGUGGGAGUGUCUGCAUAUAUUUUUUAAACUUUGACAGUGAUGCCAUAGAGCUUGUUGGCAUAACUUUUUUUAAAAAAGAGGAUAUUUUCAUUACUUUCAUAUAAAUGCGGGGCCAAUAUGAUAUAACCGUCAUUUACUGGUGCUUUUCAAGUGUCAUCUCUUGCUUAAAGUGGGUGCAGACAACUGAUUUUUAUGACUUUCUAGCUUCCUGAGCACCAACCUCGAAGAGCUUUAAUGUGCCUUCUUAGAAGGGUGUCGCAGGGGGACCUUCGUGUGUUUAUUUUUCCUCUGUCCCCCAGACUGAGAGAGAUGGUAAGAAGUGUGAACAUCACUGCCCAGCCCAGGGGUGUGUGCGUGCAUGUGUGUGUAUGUGUGUGUGUGAGAGAGACAGAGACAGAGAGAGAGAGAGAGGAGAGAGACGGAGGAAGGGGGAGGGGGAGGGGAGGAGGAAAAGAGAAACACAGGUGAACCUGAUCAAAGCUGCUGUCACCCUCCUUAGCUGUCUCCCCUGAUGAGGGACACCCCUCCCCCAGGGUGGCCACGUCUGGGGCAGUGGGAAGAUGGGGAGAGGUCCCUGCUAGCUCUGUGGAUCCCGAGAUGCCAGCGACUUCCUUUGAAGUCUGUUACCUGAGUGUCUCUCACUGGUGGCAGCACAGUGACCCCCAGCAAGCCUCUUGUGUUCCCAGCCCAGUCGGGAAUGCACCCUAAUUCCCUCUCUCUUGGGAACUCAGCGAAUGGCGUGGCGUCUCCCCCUGCUUCUCUCACCCCAGUAGGAUUGUCACCUGUCUGGGUCAGCAGCAGAGGAGAGGUGGUCGGGCCAUGAGCUGUGAGCACAGGCCCAGCAUUAAAUACAUGGGCCCUUCUUUUCAGGAGCUUUCCCAGAAGCCCCACCCAGA